AUGGUUCGCAGCCAAAAAUUGGCGGUAGAUUCGGGCACCGUAGCUGGUUGGAAAACCAACGCUAUACGACGGAAAAAUCUUUGGAAUCAAACUGGUCUCAUCAAGGAAGCUGAAAGCAGGGGCUUUGACAAAGACAGCGAAGUGGAGCUGGUAAGCAACGCUUGCGAACAUAAGCUGGUAAGCAACGCUUGCGAACAUAAGGUGUUCGACGCGUCAGGCAACCAAAUGGAGUUCCUUGCAAUAGUGAACGCGGAAAUAAGCGUAGAGGAGCUGAUAAAGUUCGAGUAG